GUACAUGCGUGGUGUUGUGUACACGGGUACGGAGAGGCUGGACGGGAAGACAGUGGUCAUAACUGGCGGGAACGCCGGGAUAGGCAAAGUUACAGCCCUGGAGCUCGCCCGGAGAGGUAGACAGAUCUGCACUCAACUCAGUCUGAGCCUUCCGAUCUCUGAUGAAGACCGUGUCGACAUUCUCAUCAACAACGCCGGCGUCCUGACGGGGAACAAGAGACCUACAGAGGACGGCCUGGAGAGACACAUGGGAGUGAACCAUUACGGACAUUUCCUUCUGACCCAGUUGCUGCUGGACAAACUGAAAGCCUCGGCUCCCAGUCGCAUCAUUUUUGUGUCCACCUGGUUGUACUUUGUCUGGCCCAUGGAUUUUGACCACCGGCCCCAGAACAAAAAGUGGUUUUUCAAGGCAUACGGUCAGAGCAAACUGGCCAAUGUCCUGACUGCUAGAGAGCUGAGCCGUCGACUCAAGGAAACCAACGUCACAGUCAACGCCGUACAUCCAGGUUUCAUCCACACUGACAUCGCACGGGAUUUCCCUCUCUACUAUUCUCGGAUUGUUCAUUUUCUCAAUAGCCCUUUUAAUUCCCUGCUGUUUCGGACUCCGUUCCUUGGAGCUCAACCAACCCUGAGACUUGCCUUGGACUCAAGCCUUGCCAAUGUCUCGGGGAAAUAUUUCGGCUUUCAGAGCGAGGAAAGUGAUCCCGGCUGGGCUGGCACAGACGAUAAGGCGGCGGCCAAGCUGUGGAGGAUCAGUGAGUCCGUGACCAAGACAGGAGCCAUGUGAUGAUGUGAGGACAAGACAGGAGCCAUGUGAUGAUGUGAGGACAAGACAGGGGACAUGUGAGGACAAGACAGGGGACAUGCGAGGAAAAGACAGGGGCCAUAUGAGUGGUGAAGACAAGACAGGGGACAGGUGAGGACAAGCUGUCCCCGUCGUUCUAUAAUAGAAAUAAUAAUAAUAGAUAGCAUUUGUA